UGCAAAUUGCGAUGCACACGGCCCACGACUGCAAGCACAGGAUAGCCAUCAUUUCUCCAUGUGACAAGUCUAUAUAUGACUGUCACCUCCAGUAGCCAGCGACUGUUGUUUAGUACUGAACUACUCACUGCACCAUAUUGAUGGGAAACGCAGCUCGGAAGUUCGUUGAUCUCAUCAGACAAUCUACAGCGAAGUGGGCCAACUGGGAUCCACCUAUACCCAUACCAGUCGGUGCAUAUGGCAGGCUGAAUAACGAGACGGGCGAAUUAGAUAUUGAAGGCAAUAUCUAUGAUCCGGAAUUCCAGGUCUUGCUGGAUAAGGUGGACGGGCAACUGAAGCUAGCAGAUUUUCUUCCUCAAAUUGGGGCCGUGGAGGGCGACUUCAUAGUGUGUACGAUGGGUGUCCGGCAGAAAGAUCUCAAGAUUGAUGGAGAGAUAAAUGUCGCUGGUCUCGCUCAAGCAUCUAUCAAAGGAGAGUGGCAGUUUCAGCGCGGCAAGCGUGGUGCCCUCCUGAUCAUGCACAAUCCAAGGCAAGAAUACGUUCCGCGCGGCAGGGUUUUGGAGACGCUGUACAAGGUCCCAGAGCUCAAAGACAUGCACAUCGUCAACUCCAUCUUCAAAUGUCCCGCCUACACCAUAUACCUUUCGGACAAAAGUGGAGAGAAGAUUUCCUUGGCACUUACUUCCAACGGGAAUGCAACUGAGCCCUCGCAGUGGUGGUCAGAUACGAAUGUGAGCCUGCUGCGGAAGGGGCAUCACAAGGACUAUAUGUUCACGCCACUGUAUGGGCUCAAGCGCAAGUUGCCAUUGAUACGACGUCUCAUGCGAGACUCUCCUGUACCUGAUCCCGAAGGUGAUGACUUCUGGGUAGACGUGCAUGUACCAUGGGAUCCUCUGGAUGAAGACGGGGAUGAGGAUUAUUCAUUAGAGGUACGUCGUACCUUUUGAACUCGUUCGUUUUGAUGAAUCCGUGCAGGACGAGGAAGAUGAUGGAUGGGCGGCAAACACGGAGAGAUAGGAGCAUGUUUUGGACUCGGAGACUGAUAGCACAUGACCGUCCUUUGCCUAUGAUGAAUUUUCUAAUGACGAUCUCCACUAUGGUUUCAUCGACAUCUUGUACAAUUGACCUAUCAUGCUUGUCGUAUAUUAAGUUUGUAUUAAGUAGCACUGCCCUGCCCAUUUUUAUCUAGCUCACGUGCGCUGCACGGAGUAGGAAUCCAGU